AUGGUUAUACAGGCUUUAAAAAGGAAAGUCAUGGAAUCUACUUCACGUCGCUUCAGUACGGUGACCCAAGUCAAUCCAGAUACCUUGGAGGAUAUGACCAAACGAAAUGGCUUGGAUCCCAUAGCUGAAGGAGACACCAGUAAUGGAGACUAUCGCCGUAAGAGUACUUUCGGCCAUUUGGCUCUUUACAAAGGAGAGGAAGAAGGUCCACCGGCUUCCUUCAUAUCAGCCUACACUACACCUGGCCCGAAGGAACGGGCUACAAGUGAAAUCAAGAAAGCUAAUCUUGGAGUCAUGUUAGGUGUCUACCUUCCAACCAUCCAGCACAUCUUAGGCGUUACUAUGUUUAUCCGCCUUUUCUGGGUAGUAGGUAUUGCCGGUUUAUACAACACCAUGCUUCUUCUGGCUCUUUGUUGUCUUUGUACUCUUCUCACAUCCAUAUCUCUAUCCGCUGUAGCUACUAAUGGAGUUGUUGAGAGUGGAGGUGCUUACUUCAUUAUCAGUCGUAAUCUGGGUGUCGAGUUCGGCUCUGCUGUGGGGAUUCUCUUCUACUUGGCUAAUACCGUUGCUGCUUCCAUGUACCUAGUUGGAGGUGUCGAAGUCCUACUGAUGUACAUUGCUCCUGAUAUGGCUAUAGGUGGCAAGGAAGCUCUUCAUAACACUGAUCCAUUUGGAAGUCUUUACAACAACUAUCGUAUAUAUGGAACGUUGUUUCUGAUUCUUCAAGUCUUGAUCGUUGCUAUGGGUGUCAAGUUCGUACAACUUAUGGCUCCCGUAUCUCUAGCUUGUGUGAUCGUCGCUUUGUUGGCUUGCUUUGCUGGUGGAGUGGAAAAAGCAAUUACUGGAGAAGGACGAAUGGUUUGCUCAUUGGAUGAUCGUCUGAUUCAGUCAACAGUUCUGUUUGAUAAUCAUAAUAAUAGUUUGUUGAAUGAAACCUCACGUACACGUUGGGAUGGGAUAUGUGAUGUGUGUGACAAGAACCCAGCUCUGACACAUAUAUUCUGUGAGAAGCAUAGCGAGUCAUGUGUUGAGUUCACUAAAGUCAAGAUUUCAUGUACACAAGGCUUCACCGGAUUCAAUAUGAACACCUUAAAUGAUAAUCUCUGGCCCAUGUAUAUGGUUAAGGACGAAGUUAUGCCGGGUAAAGAAGGAAAAGCUGAUGUUGAGGUUGUCCAAGAUGUGACGGCAACGUUCUUUGUUCUACUAGCUAUCUAUUUCCCAGCAGUUACAGGAAUCAUGACGGGAACAAACAUGAGUGGAGAUUUGAAAGAUCCACAGCGUUCUAUUCCUUCUGGAACCAUAGCAGCAACCGUUACAACGUCACUCAUAUACUAUGCGUUGGCUAUACUGUUUGCUGCAAGUGUUGAUCGAUCAGUUCUUCGAGAUAAGUUUGGACGUUCAAUUGAAAACAACAUGGUUGUCUCGACAUUGGCUUGGCCGUCACCAUGGAUCGUCACCGUUGGAGCUUUCCUAAGUACAUUCGGUGCAGCGUUGCAAUGCUUAUGCAAUGACGUCAUUCCUAUAUUAGCUCCAUUCGCUACAGUAACCAAGAAGAAUGAACCGUUUUUGGGAUUAUUGCUAACAACAGUCAUAGCUGAGAUGGCCAUCCUCCUAGGAGCUGUUGAUAAGAUCGCUGAGGUGCUUGAUUUCUUCUUUCUGAUGUGUUAUGCAUUUGUGAAUAUUAUCGCAUUUCUUCAUUCUGUUUUGAGAGCUCCUAAUUGGCGUCCAAGAUUCAAGUAUUUCCAUUGGUCAUUAUCGUUAUUGGGAGCAUUUCUUUGCUUUUUCAUUAUGUUUGGAUCAGAUUGGCAUUUAGCAUUAGUUGCUUGUGCUCUGACAUUAGCAAUCUAUAAAUAUGUUGAAUGGAAGGGAGCCAAGAAGGAAUGGGGUGAUGGAAUGAGAGGAUUAGCUUUAACAACGGCACAGUAUUCAUUAUUAAAAGUUGAAGACAAAGAUCCUCAUCCAAAGAAUUGGAGACCUCAACUACUCAUUGCGUUGUCUGCUCAUUGGGGUAACCAUAUCAUAGACAAACGAGCACUGUCUAUGUUGAACUUGGCAGCUCAGAUGAAGGCUGGUCGAGGCUUGACCAUUGCUUGCGCAUUCGUUAAAGGUUCUGCUAAUGCAGCUGAAGAGCGUACUAGGUCUGGAUCCAUCAAGCAACGUCUUCUCAAAGAUAUGGCAACAUCACGGCUACGUGGAUUUGCCAAAACGUUGUUCUAUCAGGAGAGCCAGAUAUAUGGUUGUGUGUCAGGAGUGUUCCAAUCUGUUGGUAUAGGUGGAUUACGUCCAAACACCGUUUUGAUAAACUGGCCUGACAUCAAGGAUAUGGAUGAAGUGUCACUGUUCGCUGAGAAAAUGAUAACUGGAGUACAUCAUGAGUACUGUAUUCUAUUGGCGAAGGGAAUAACUGAGUUUCCGGAAACAACAGAUAGAUUGACUGGAUUUAUUGAUAUCUGGUGGGUUGUACAGGAUGGAGGAAUAUUAAUGUUAAUCGCAUAUUUAUUAAAACAACAUAAAGUAUGGAGAGGAUGCCUUCUUCGUAUCUUCGCUGUCGGAGGAUCGGAUAAGAAACGAAAUGAAGAUAUGAAACAAGCUUUACAGAAGCAUAUUUACAUGUUACGUAUUGAUGCUGAAGUAUUCAUUGUGAGUCUGUUAGAUCAGGAAGUAACGGAGGAGAUUUAUGAGAAGACUGCUGAAUUGGAAAAGAGACAGAAGACGUUGGUACAGAAUGAGAUGAAGAGAUUAAAGCAGAGAGAAUCAGCUGGAUAUGUAAAUGAAGCCUUUGUUGAUGAGAAUAAGACCAAACUACAUACAAGCAACUCAUCAAAGAGUUUUUCGAAGACACCGACUGUCAUAAGCAUUAAUGAGGAAGAGACAUCCUUUAGCAGUAGCGAAGAAGGAGCAAUGAGCCAAUUGUACGGAUCAUCUCCUUCCAUUGAAGAAACAACUGGAGCAGAGUUGAAGCUCAAUGUUCAUAAGAUGAACACAUCUUUCCAUUUAAACAAAGUCAUAAGAGAGAACUCACCAGACUCUCAACUCAUACUGUUAAACCUUCCCAACCCAACAAAAAAUCGGAUAAACUUCGUUCAUUCAUACAUGUCCUACUUGGAUGUGCUAACUGAGGGGUUGAAGCGAGUUCUGUUUAUUGGAGGAAGUGGCAAAGAAGUCAUCACAGCUGAUUCUUGA